AUGGCGCUAAACAUUGUUGCCAGGUUUUCGCGCAGUGUUAAUUUAAAUACUACACACUUGGAGCAGUUUCGUUGCCCUGUGACUUCUAUUGGAAAAGGCUACUUUGGAUUGCAUCUCAAUCGUAAAUUUAGCACAGAAGCCGUUGGAGAGUCAACGCCGAAGGAAAGUGAUAAAGAAAUAGAGUCCUUAAAGACUGAAAUGCAGAAAAUAACUGAAAGAUAUAAUGAUUUAGAUGACAAAUAUAAAAGGGCUCUCGCCGAGUCCGAAAACAUGCGUAAACGUUUGAUGAAACAGAUAGAUGAAGCCAAACUAUUCGGUAUCCAAAGUUUCUGCAAAGAUUUACUGGAAGUGGCUGAUAUUUUAACGUCUGCUACUAAAUCAGCUCCUCAAGACCAAUUAAAAGAUGGAGUUAAUCCUCCGUUCGCUAAUUUGUACCAUGGAUUAGUAUUGACAGAAAGCCAGUUGUUCAAGGUUUUCUCCCGCUAUAACUUAGUCCAGAUUUCUCCACAAGUUGGUGAACAUUUUGACCCAAAUAUUCAUGAAGCUGUGUUCCAAGCUCCUUUGGAAGCUGGAAAAGAAAAGAAUACAGUCGCUGUGGUAACAAAAGUAGGUUAUCAAUUACAUGGACGACCUCUGAGACCGGCGUGUGUUGGUGUGUUUGGACCUUAA